AAACGAAAUUUAAUAUCAGAGCAUUAGAUUAUAUUAGCUAUCUUGAAGAAGAGUGAUAUCAGAUUCAGUACAGUUACUCGCAAUGUAACUCAAUUCAUGGUACAUUGAUCCAUGGGGUUAACCGACAGAACCCGACAAUUUCUGGAACCAACUCAAGUACUUGCACUUACAAAUACGACUAUGAUUACACAAUUCAAACAACCACCACCGGAUCUUAAGCUCUCGAUAUAAUCCCAUCAGAUCCGCUUCAUUACAACAAAAUAACAGCCCAACAAGAAAAAUUUAAAAAGCCGGCGCAGAACAAAUCGGGAAAAAAAACCUUAAAUAAAUCCUCUGUAUAACGCGUAUUCUCUUCUUCAUUUUCUUCUGCUGAACAGAUCCAGCUCAGAGCUUGCUUUUGCCCUAGUUUCUACAGCUCCGGUUUUCCCCGAUCUGAUCAAUCAAAGGGUCUUCAAUACAGAUCCAGAGCUGUCAAUCGGAGCGGUCGAGAACCGGAAUCAUCGGUAAAAGAUCUGAUUUUUUUGAAUUUUCCUGGUUUUUUUAGGCUAAUUUGAGCUGUUGAAGUCAUAAUCAGUGAUAGAAAAUGAAUGGGUUAUCUUGAAUAAUAUAAUUAAGAAGUGGGUGGUUGUUAUUUAGAUCUGAAAUUAAUAGUAGUGAGAAUCACAGUAGUGAGAAAAUGUCAAUUAGGAAGGCACUUGGAGCUGUAAAAGAUCAAACAAGUAUUGGUAUAGCAAAAGUAGCAAGUAAUACAGCACCAGAUCUAGAAGUAGCAAUUGUCAAAGCAACAAGUCAUGAUGAUGAUCCAGCUUCUGAGAAAUACAUAAGAGAGAUUUUGCAUUUAACAUCUUAUUCAAGGGGUUAUGUAAAUGCUUGCGUAGCUACUGUAUCUAAAAGAUUAGGUAAAACUCGGGAUUGGAUCGUUGCGUUGAAAGCAUUAACACUUGUUCAUAGACUAUUAAGUGAAGGUGAUCCUGUUUUUCAGCAAGAGAUAUUGUAUGCUACCAGGAAAGGGACUAGGUUGUUGAAUAUGUCGGAUUUUAGGGAUGAGGCGCAUUCGAAUUCGUGGGAUCAUUCCGCAUUUGUUCGUACUUAUGCACUUUAUCUUGAUCAGAAGCUUGAGUUUUUAAUGUAUGAGAAGAAACAAGGCGGUGGUGGUGGGGGGCGUGGGGAGGAUGAUAGGUUUGAUCGAAGAGAGGAUCGGUUCAGGUCACCACCGCCGAGGUCUUAUCAUGACUCUGGUUAUGGUGAUUUUAGAGAUGAUUCUGGUUAUGGUGGUGGGUAUGGGUCUGGGUCAAGACCGCCGCAGAGAUCGAGGUCUUUUGGUGAUGUAAAUGAAGCUAGUCAGGGCAGAGGUGAUAAGAAGCCAGUCACUCCACUUAGGGAAAUGAAACCAGAAAGGGUUUUAGGUAAAAUGAACCAGCUCCAAAGGCUUCUCGAUCGCUUUUUAGCUUGUCGUCCUACUGGUACCGCCAAGAACAAUAGAAUGGUGUUGGUUGCAACUUACCAGAUUGUUAAGGAAAGUUUUCAGCUUUAUGCUGAUAUAUGUGAGGUAUUGGCUGCAUUACUUGACAAAUUCUUUGAUAUGGAGUACGCUGAAUGUGUCAAAGCAUUUGAAUCUUAUGCUAGUGCAGCAAAGCAGAUUGACGAGCUUGUUUUGUUCUAUGGUUGGUGUAAGGAUACAGGUGUAGCUAGGUCUUCUGAGUAUCCAGAAGUUCAGAGGAUUACUGAUAAACUCUUGGAGACUCUAGAAGAGUUCAUGAGAGAUAGAGCAAAGAGACCAAAGAGCCCUGAGAAACGAGAAGAAACUCCACCGCCUCCAGAGGAGGAACCUGUCCCUGACAUGAAUGAGAUAAAGGCACUUCCAGCUCCGGAGACUUAUACUCCGCCACCACCACCACCGCCUGAACCUAAACCAGAACCACCUCAGCCUAAAAAGCAGGACACAGGGGAUCUGUUGAAUUUAAGUGAGAAUGCUGUUUCAGCCGAUGAUCAAUCAAAUAGCUUAGCCCUAGCAUUGUUCUCCGGACCAGCCACUACUAAUGGAAACGGUUCCUGGGAAGCAUUCCCGUCAAAUGGGCAAUCUGAAGUAACCUCAGCGUGGCAAAACCCAGCAGCUGAGGCUGGUAAAGCAGAUUGGGAAUUAGCUCUUGUUGAAACAGCUAGUGGUUUAUCUAGACAGAAGGCAGCAUUAGGCGGAGGGUUAGACCCGUUACUUUUAAACGGAAUGUAUGAUCAAGGAGCAGUGAGACAGCAUGUGAGCACUUCCCAACUGACUGGAGGAAGUGCUAGUAGUGUGGCAUUGCCGUUGCCUGCGAGGAAUGGGACUCCUGUACUGGCUUUGCCUGCUCCAGAUGGCACAGUGAUGCCCGUUAACCAGGACCCGUUUGCAGCAUCAUUAGUUGUACCUCCACCAUCAUACGUGCAAAUGGCAGAUAUAGAAAAGAAACAACACCUUCUACUGCAAGAACAGCAAUUGUGGCAGAAUUAUGCGAACAAUGGAAUGCAAGGUCAAGCUAGUUUGGCCAGGAUGAAUCCCGGUGGUGCUCCUGGUAUGAAUCCAUAUGGGAUGCCGCCCGCCAACGGAAUGGGACAAGGUGGAUACUACUACCCUCCAUACUGAUUUUUUUCCCCUUGUUUUUACAUGUAUGAAUUAUUAGUUGAAGAUGAUGCUGAAACUCUUUUACAUUUUAUUUUUUUUUGGUUUUCUUAUGUUAUAUUUUUCUAAAUCCCAUUGUUCUUGAUCUGUGCACUUCUUGUGUGUGAAAUGUGAACUUUUGUAAGGGAAGGCAUCUUUUCAUAUAAAGAAUUAGAAAAGAAGAGGAUGGUGAGUGAAGGGAGGAGGGGAGGAUUUGUACUUUUGUUGUUUGUAAUCUUAAAAAUGUUUAGUUUUUUGGAA